ACCGUUUUAUACCUCCACGGCUCUACUGAGCUAACUCCGCGUCCGAGUUGUACGUUUGUCAGAAAUUGGUGAUGAAGGGGGAUAACCUUCGUUGUUUGGAGAAUAAAGCUACAGAUUGGACAUCCUACUGAAUCGCCCCCACUUCCGAACAACCUGCAAAAGGAAGAAAUCCAACUCAUUUCUGAGCCAGUUUCUCAUAUUCCCGGCGGAAUCACCGAUUUUCUGCAUCUCGUCGUGGGAAGGGUGUGCCGAGCGAAUCGCGUGUUGUCCCUGGUUUUUGGUUGGCGGAUUCGGCGCGCUCAUUCAUUCGAUCGAGUUAAUAUCGUCUGCUAGAGCCAGAGUGGGUGCAGAACUGCAUUUUAAUUAGCUGACGAUUUCUAUAAAAUUUUACAUUUAUCGAUAGGAACUAUGGAUUCUCCUCAAAGUGGACCCAACGAGAAAACGCACAUUGUUGCUAAGUCAGAGCCUAUCCCAUAUGACGUACCACAUCAGGUACCAACCCAUGACAAGGCAGGACUGGUCCAAGCCGAAGCCACUGCCGAUGGGGUACCAGUGAACGACCUUGAGGAGGGGGAAAAACAAGAUGUGAGAAGCGGGAUAUCUGGGGCCAGUCUUAACACCACCAACAGUAUCCUAGGAUCCGGAAUCAUUGGAUGUUCUGUUGUUAUUAUGGGCAUUCCAUACGCUUUCAUGAAAGCAGGCCUUCCUCUUGGUCUCAUUCUUCUCGUGGUCAUUUGUGGCAUUACAGAUUAUUCUCUUCGGCUUAUGAUAACUAUUGGAGAGCUAACCGGAACAAAAACCUAUGCAGAAAUGACAGAAUCAGCAUUGGGAAUACCAGGCUAUUAUGCCCUUUCUAUUGUUCAAUUUGUCUACCCAUUUAUAGCUAUUUGCCCUCCCUCGGAUAUAACUAUCAUUAUUGGAGAUACUAUCACAUUAUUGGAGAUACUAUCACUUUUUGCAAGCAUUCUUGCAGAAACAAAUGUUCUUGCCAACCGCUACUUUGUGAUCAGCAUUGUUACUGUUUUGUUCAACCUUCCUGUCUCACUAUACAAAAAUGUAACAAAAUUAGUCAAGGUUGCUGUAGUUUCACUUGUAUUACUUGUCUUUAUAAUGAUCAUUGUCAUCGUUAGAUUGGCAACAAUGGAUGUACCCCAUACAGAAGGUGCCUGGGCAUUUGGAAAACCUACAUUCUUUGAGAGCAUAGGAAUCAUCAUGUUUGCUUUUAUCUGUCAGCACAAUUCCUUCUUGGUUUAUGAUUCUUUGGAGCAAGCGACAAGUAGUCGAUGGGCAAAGGUGACGCACAUAUCUGUCUUUGGUGCUGGUAUAAUGUGUGCCGUCAUUGGUAUAUGUGGUUAUGUAACAUUCACCGGCCAUACACAAGGUGAUUUACUCGAGAAUUACUGCUACAACGAUGUCUUGGUCAACAUAGCAAGGGUGUUUUUUGCUGUAACGAUCAUGUGCACCUUCCCACUAGAAUGCUUCGUAUGCAGAGAGGUAAUUGAAAACACGAUGGUCCGUCAGGGAUGGGUCGAUUCACCUCAACCUCUCCAAAGACACCUCAUACUCACCCUCAUCAUCGUAGGUCUUGUUCUUGGUAUCUCCAUGAGUACUUCAUGUCUUGGCUUGGUCCUCACUGUCAACGGGGUUAUCUGUGCUGUGCCCCUCAUCUGUUUCCCGUCAUUGUGCUACCUACGCGUGGCGGAGGGCUCCAUCUACGGUCGAGACAAACUUCCCUCUCUCCUGAUCUCAUUCGUAGGACUCCUCAUCAUCAUAUCCGGCAUCGUCACCAUGAUCGUCGAUCGCAACCUCACCACCUGCACCCAGAGCGAGGGAUUCGCAUACUGUCAACCCUCCGAUGUCGUUGUCAAUGCAUCGGCCACGCCUCUUCCCAUCAGCCUCCAGCCUGCCUCCCCCCUCCUUGCUGACCAGUCAUAGCUGUGUGCACUUCUAUAGAAUGUUAACUUAUACAUGUAACAUACCAAAUUGUUUUUCAACGUAAUAUACUAGUUUUAGUAUUGUGUAUUCUAGAAUUUUUUUAUUUACAAGAAUCAGCCUUUUGGCCCCCUGAUUGGACAAAAAAACACCCAGUAAAUUUAUUAUAGUAGGCCAGAAGUUAAAAUGGUAGAGAAAAUAAUCAUUGCAAUAUUUGAUAGAAAUCUGCUUGGUAUAGUUAUCUCUACAAAGUUACUGUGUAUUGCGAAGACUUUAUAAGUUUUAUGCACCUUAUGUCAUGUACUUACAAAAACACUCUCAUGCAGUUUGUUCAGAGUGCAGUGCAUUGAGCUGCUUAUGAAAGCAAAACCUUUUGUUAGAGAGAAUGUCUUUUGAUCAUAAUGAUUUAGGACUGAUCAUAUACCUAUCCAAGCCAUCACAAUGAAAUUCAUUUUUCAAAUCCAGAUUUGAUGAAGGUUUAUAAAGAUUAAUGAUGAGUUGAAAUACAUCCUUCAUUAAUAUUUUCGUUUCAUUUUGUACAGAAAGAAAAAAAAGAGAUUCAAAUUCAGUAUUUAAAACAUGUUAAGUACUAUAGUUUCAGAUGCAUUAUAUUGGGUAUGCAAAGUGCCAACUAAAUGACCAAGGCCCGCCAAGUCAUUCUCCUAAAUCCACCAUGAUGUAACUAAAACCAAUCACAACUUAAAAUAUCAAUAUCAUUGAUCUAUGGAACAUUAUUAUAAAUAUUAUAUCAACAUCAUUGGAACAUUUUUUUUGUAACUUAUCUUGGUACCAGACUAUGCUCAGAUAGAGAUUCUAUUGAUUUUAUUAAUCAUGUGUACAGUGUUCAUUUAUGUCUACUGCAUUAUACAAUUUUAUUUAUACUAACUUAUUUGUGAGCUUUAAAAUGAUAGAAUCUAGUCUAUAGAAAUGAGUUUGAAGAAUUAUGGAUGUAAACAAACAAGGUUCUUGUGUCAAAGAUUAAAAGAUUGUUGUUGAGUAUUCUUAUUGAUAGUCUCUAUGAAUAGCCAUAGCAAUAUUGUGAGUUAUAAGAUACCUUGUUUGAUUCGUGUGUCAUGGAUUAUGAUAUUUUGAGUUUGGUAUGAUGAAGCAUACAGCCGUACUUCAUUUUUCAAGCUUGCCAAAAAUAAUGCAUUGAAAAAGAAAAUGUAUGUGAAUACAUAAUUGUUUGUCAUUUAAUCCUUUCCUAGUAGAUGCAAACCGUCCAUUAUUCAGGUACAUUAUUAUUCAGACACACUUGUGUUUGAAAUGUGUUAGCAGAACCCAGUAACACUGAGGUUAGUGAUUGAUUGUAAAUCUGAUUUUAUGAUUAAUUCCUUAGGCUUGAAAAAAAAGUGGGUAAUUUUACCACUUAUCUUAAAUUGAUAUAAGUUUUGAAUGAAAUUUUUAAAUUCAGGCCCAAUUUUAUAUAAUUGAUUAUCAAUUAUAGAUAUGCUUGUUACGUACAUUAUGACACAUUUCUGUUUCAAUUAUGUUUUAACAUUUCCUGCUUUUAUGCUAUUCUUGUGGCUGUCAUAAUUAAAAUGUAGAUUUUGUAUUUUUUUUAUUGUUGUCUAUUUAUUCCUACCUGGAAAUUGAUAUAUGCAUGGAUACAUGUAUAUAAAUGUGUGCUAAAGUAGGUAUUGCAAAGAAAGUGAAAUCCAACAUUGUGUUUUAUUUAAGUUUUAGUUUGUAGUGUACGUAGCAGACGAACUGUGUGCCAGUUGUAGAAGAUAUUUUAUUGUGCAAAGUUUAAGUGUGUCAUUGUGGAGUUUACCAUGACAAUCCUUAAUGAUAUAUAUUGCCACUCAUAAUUCAGGUGUAUGGGAAAGAUAUUUGAAAAAAUUAUUUUUGAUGAUAUUCAAGAGUGGCAUAUUAUCACCGUUAUCACCACCACAUCCUUUACCACCAUCACUGUUAUCUACACAUCAUGUAUCAUCAUAAUCAUUGUCAUGAUGAUUAUGGCGAUGAUCAGGGGCGGAUCCAGGAUUUUACGAAGGGG